AUGUCUAAAAAACUGACAGAUAAUUCUGCUGCAGUUUCAACAUUAAAUGCAACACUUAAUGCAACACCACAACUGAGUUUAGACUGGAAAAAACUAUUGUUAAGUGAAAAAUCAGCUGAUGUUACCAUUCACGUGGGUCAAAAAACAUUCCGUGUUAUCAAAGGAAUUCUUGGAGCACGUAGUCCUGUUUUUUCUGCAAUGUUUGAUCAUGAACAGUUGAAAGAAAACGAAAAGAACGAAGUUAUCAUUGAAGAUAUUGAUGAAGGUGUUUUUGAAGAAUUUCUACAUUAUAUUUAUACUGGUGAAUCACCGAAUAUUGACAAAAUGCCAAAAGAACUACUUGCUGUUGCUGAUAAAUAUCAGGUUGAUUGUUUAAAAAAUAUUUGUGAAGAAGUAAUAUGCAAAACGAUAAUCUUUGAUAAUGUUGCAAGUAUAUUUGUUUUUUCUGAUAGACAUAAUCUUGAAAAACUUAAUAAAAAAUGUUUAGAAUUUAUGAAAAAAAAUUUACUAACUGUCAUGUCAAAUGAAGAAUUUCAAGUUCAAAAAAAAAAAUAUCCUGAACUUUUUGUAGGUGUUCUUGAGCACUUGCUGUUGUCAUAA